AUGGCCGAUGUCAAUGGCACCCCGCAGCUGAAGCGAAGAAGAGAAAGCACGGAGGCGCAAAGGAAGAAGGCGAAGACGGGCAAGAGCAAAUCGGCCGCUGGUGGAGAAUCCGCACCCUCGAAGACAAAGAGUGCCUCGCCCGAAGUCAAAUCGACACCAAAACCUACCGUGACACCAGAAGCGAAGGCGACCCAAAAAAAACAGCCACCACCGCACAGUGCGCAGACCUAUGGAACCUCCGCAGGCCCCGCCACAAGCACGCCGUCAAGCUCCCGGAAGAAGGACAAAUCGAUAUCAAAGACUCAGAAUAAGGAUAUGCUCGCUGAGCACAAGGAAGAUGCCAUUGUAGCGGUUGCAGGAAUGCAGAAACAGGUAGAGAACAAGAGGGAGAGAAACCCUGAUCCUUGGUCAAUUUCGGCUCCCCAAGGCGGAUGGUUCCUGCCUCAAGAUCCUGUAUUCUCCCCCGACGAGAAGUAUCUGCUCUUGGGCAAGCUGAAAGCCUUGGACGUAUACGCAGCCGAUACCUCGUUACUUGUCCGAUCGUUGCCUCUGGGCGCCUCCAGCGUGGCCCUGGCCUAUGCCAUCUCACCAACGAAUCCCGACCUCGUGUAUGUGGCUGACUCGGCUGGGAUAAUCUCUCUCUGGAACUGGACAGACGGCUCUAAGCUCGGUCGCUGGGGCAUUGGAUUGAACGUACAACACCUAGUCGUUGUCGAGCAACCAAUCACUUCACGGGAUCUGGUAUUUACACAUGAGGCGGAUAGUAAACACAUCGUUAACGUGCAUGCUCUGUACACAGGGGAGGAAGCCUCCAAGACGGAAGUCAAGCAGAUACUGAGGACUAGCCGUCCCAUUACUGAGAUGCAGGUCUUUUUGCAAGGGAAGCUUGUCGUCCUGAGUACACCAAACUCCAUGAUAGUCGGAAAGCGAAGGAAAUUCAAGCAGACGGCUUUACAGGAUUUCGAGUACACGUGGCGCGAAUUUGAAAUGUCCAAGCGCAUCACUACUUUUAAUGCGUUUGUUCAAACGUCUGGUGGGAAGGACCAGGCAUUGGAGGAUGCCAGAGAUCAUCUCAAUCUCGCGGUGGGAGAUGAGGAAGGCGUGAUUUACCUAUUCGAGGAUGUUAUUUCGAGAUUAGUCGCCGUUGAGAAGAGUCAGAAAGACGUUUCAGACAAGAAGGUCGGACCAGAGAGUUUGACCCCUAAGCGAUUACAUUGGCAUAGGACUGCCGUGAGAUCACUCAAGUAUUCGCUAGAUGGUGAAUUGCAUCUUCCUUCAACACGACCCUUGAAACUGACUAUUACAGGCAAUUACUUGGUCUCUGGAGGCGACGAAACUGUCCUCACCAUUUGGCAGCUAGCGACCGGAAAGCAACAGCAUCUUCCGCAUUUGACUGCGGCAAUAGAAAGCAUCGCAAUUUCUCCAUCUGGUGCUUCCUAUGGAGUGACACUGGCAAACAACUCUGUCAUUGUGUUGUCAACUUCAGAACUCAAGGCCAAAACCAACAUAGUCGGCAUUCAGACCCGCAGGAUCAGUGCCGGCAAACUACACCGUCUCUCCAAUCCCCAUUUCUCCCCCAAAUAUCUCACUUUGGUACCUAUGGACGUUGAUCCGAACAACAACAAACACAUUACUUUCGUCACGCCUUCAUCGCAGCCUCGACACGGAGGCGCAUCUAGAUCAGAACCAUAUAUUCAGACAUUCGACCUUGCCAAUCAGCGACCGAUCGCACGGCAACCUUUGACUCGAAACAAUGCAACUGACCCGAACAUGGGCCCGGAAGGCCGCCCGAUUUUGGAACCGAGCGUCAAUCUGCUACGCAUUAGCCACGAUGGUGCUUGGCUUGCUACUGUUGACGAUUGGGUGCCUCCAGCCGCAGAUCUGUCAUACAUUGAAGAAGGCAUAUCAGCAUUCAAUGCAGAGGAACGAACACUACGUCGAGAGGUGUACUUGAAGAUUUGGAGACGCGACGAACAGAACGCACAGUGGUCGCUUGACGCACGCAUUGACGCUCCUCACUUCAUUGAAGGGAUAUCUGCACAUGCCCGCGUAUUCGACCUAGCUGCCGACCCUUCUGGCGCUGGAUUUGCUACGGUUGGCGAAGAUCGCGUCGUGCGCAUAUGGAGACCAAAGACGCGGUUGCGGGAUGGCGUCAUCGUGCGCGGCGCAGAUCGACUGCGUGGUCUUGUCAACUGGUCCCUAGAUCAUGCGAUAAAGCUCGCUGACAAGCUUGAAGUUGGUGAAGCCCGCGAAGUGUCACAAAGCACCAUUCCUCGUACAUCUCGACUGGCAUUUUCUGCAGACGGAUCCGUCCUCGCUGCUGGUCUAUCGUGGGCAACUGACGAAGAUCCGGGUGUAGUCCACAUUAUCGAUACCAACGACGGGAGCAUUCGACGCUCUAUAACUGAGAUCGAUAUAACCGCCCUUUCUGGGGUGGCUAUCUUGGGACGUCAUUUGAUAUUGCUCGGUAACACAGUUGUUGUCUGGGACAUGAUCAUGGAUCAGCUUGUUUACUCCAUUCCAAACAAGACUCCCGGGGUCAGGAUCGCCACGCAUAGUCAACUUUUGUCCCUUGCCACGAAUGAGGGAGACAGUACCUUCGCUGUGUCAACACCUCGGCUUCAAAAGAAGGAACCGGAAGAUGAGCGCUUUACCAAGAUUGCAACCAAGAUCACAGUGUACAGCCCUGAGUUCUAUGAGCCAAUUUGGUCCUGCACCAUACCAGAAGCUCUUGUUCUAGGACUGGUGGCAGCGAAGGGAAGUCGUGGUUUUAUUGCGCUCGACACAUCAUCGAACAUUCGACUUAUAACUCCCACGGUCGGUACUCUACAGCUUCCUAGCCCUCCGCUGGAGUUCACUUCUGAGACUACCGAAGAAAUGGAAGUCGAUCAAGAUGACGCGGAAGACGUCGAUAAGACAGCGCUGCAAAACCUGCACCUGUCCGCAAGCGAGGAGCUGUUGCAAGCUUCAGAGAAUGACAAGCCUGUUGUCAGACCGGAACAACUACAGCAGAUAUUUGACAGUGGGCCCUCGCAUGCACUACCGCCUGUCCGAGAUCUCUUCGAUGCCGUGGUCGGUCUGUAUGGGAGGAAGUUGCGAGUAGCUGCAGCUGGUGCGGCGUGA